GGCCUGUUUGCGGCCGGUCGACUUAUAGCUGUGCCUGUUGCUGCCCGCUUGACGGCCUCGUUCAUGCUGGUCGUCAACAUUACCGGUUGCACAUUUGGUUUGCUCAUCACAAUCAUCUUUCGAUGGAGUCACAUUGCCAUCUACAUCGGAACCUGCAGUGUGGGCUUGUUUGUCAGCAGCAUGUCUCCGACAGUUAUGUCCAUGGCUGAGCAGUACAUUGAUAUCAAUCCUUCUAUAACAACAUGCUUGGUGGUAGUUGCUGCUCUUGGUGAGGCCUUGUGUCCUGUCAUAGUUGGAAAUCUGUUGGUCAGCUCAGGUCCUGGCAGUUUCCUGGUCUUCUGUUUGACAUUUAGCAUUGCAGCCAUCUUCCUGUAUGGAGCCCUUUUUGUGGCUGGCAGACAGACAGAUAAAUAUCGAGCAACUAAGGCAGAGUCUUUCUUCUGGUUGUCAGGCAAGCAAAUCGUUUUGGAAGGGGAGAGCACUUUGAUAAAACCGUGCAGUAUUAAAUACUACAGCCGUAUGUCAGAAAGUGAGUCAACAAUGGAACUGGCAGCCAUCGGAUCACAAGAAAAUAUGAAAGGCACGAAUAAUGCAAAGUGA